UCAAAUAUUUAUUUUGAAUUUUGGAUUUUUUUAAGAAAUGUAGCCGGUCAACUCCCAUAAAUGUUAUAAAAAAAUCAAAAAAUACUGUCAAAAUGGUGAUCAAAAUUCUAUAUCCUUCUAGCUCCACCUUGAUCUCAAAGUUGGGAGAGAAAUAUUCCAAUAAACUGCUACAUAAUGCUCAAUGGAGCACUCCAUGUUCGAGAAAACUUCAAGCUUUCAUGAGCACUUCUUCCAUCAACACCAAUGGUCAAAAUUUCAGUAAUAACGAAUCGUUCGAUUUAAUCGUCGUUGGAGGAGGCAUCGUCGGCGUAACUACAGCCAGAGCUAUGCUGAUAGAAAAACCGAAUUUAAAAGUAGCUAUUCUAGAAAAGGAGAAAGAUGUCGCUAUGCACCAAUCUGGCCAUAAUAGCGGUGUAAUUCACGCCGGAAUAUAUUACGCUCCUGGCUCGAUGAAGGCUAAAUUCUGCGUCGAAGGGGCUCGCCAAACUUUCGCAUUCUGUGAUCUGCAUAAAAUACCUUAUAAAAAAUGUGGUAAAUUAAUCGUAGCCACCAACGCGUUCGAAGUUGGGAAUUUAAUGCGAUUAUACGACAACGCUCUGAAAAACCGAGUACCCGGUGCCGAAUUAGUGGAACAGAAGCAAAUCAGAGAUAUCGAACCGUAUUGUCAAGGAUUAAGAGCUAUUUAUUCUCCAAAUACCGGUAUCAUAGAUUGGGCAGAAUUCACUAGACGUUGUGCGGAAGAUUUUCAAAGAAAAGGAGGCAAGUUAUUCUGUAAUUUUAAAGUUACCAAAGUGAACGAAGCAGAAAAAGGUUCGCCUGAUGUUGACGUCUCUCAAGCUCCGAUUGAAUUUCAUGACGAAUCCAGAGGGAAAAUAGUCCGAUCAAAGUUCGCUAUCUUUUGCGGUGGCCUGUACUCUGAUAAAUUGGCUGAAUUAGUUGAUGGGUUACCGGAUCCUAGAAUUGUUCCUUUCAGAGGAGAGUAUCUAGAAUUGAAAGAAGAUAAACGGUUCCUAGUCAAAGGCAAUAUUUACCCAGUUCCAGAUGCAAGGUUUCCUUUUCUAGGAGUUCAUUUUACUCCUCGUAUGGAUGGCAGAAUUCUCGUAGGACCAAAUGCUGUAUUGGCUUUUAGCAGAGAAGGUUACAGUUGGGAUCAAAUUAAUUCCGCAGAAUUGAAAGAAAUUAUCGCCUUUCACGGUUUCCAAAAACUAAUGAGGGAAUAUUUCAAUUUCGGUGUUCGAGAAAUGAUAAAAUCUAAAUUUAUAUCCUUACGUGUGAAAGAAUUACAGAAGUAUAUUCCUGGCUUGCAAACGAAUGAUUUAGAGUUCAAAAAUUUUACCGGUGUUAGAGCUCAAGCGUUAGACUACAAUGGUCUUUUAGUAGAUGAUAUGGUGCUACAGGUUGGCUCAAAGGGAAUCGAAAGCAGGAUUUUACAUUGUAGAAAUGCUCCGUCACCUUCGGCUACUUCAUCUUUGGCAUUAUCCGAGUUUAUUGCCAAGUCUGCGAUUGUUGAAUUUGAUUUUGAUGCAUGAUGUAUUUCAAUUUUGGAUACCUAUCUGAUGUUAAUAUGUUGUAGAUAGGUAAUUAAUUUCGUAUGGUCUUUGAGGUGUUGGUUCGUGAUAAUCAAACCACAAGUGUUUGUGUAAACUGUAUCAGUUUUAUAUCGAGUGAAAAAUAUAUUUUUUGCAUGAUCAUUA